CCUGCGCAGUGGGCUCGGGUGGGCGGUGGUGUGCCCGCUGCUCGGGAUCUUCCGAGCUUCCGUAGGGUUUCUGGCCGGUAGGCGAGGAAUGGAGUUGGUGGGCGGCGGCGGCGGCUCCUCCUCUACUGACCCGCGAAGUACCUACGUGCUGAGUAACCUCGCGGAGGUGGUGGAGCGUGUGUUCACCUUCCUGCCUGCCAAGGCGCUGCUGCGGGUAGCCGGAGUGUGCCGCCUAUGGAGGGAGUGUGUGCGCAGAGUGCUGCGGACCCACCGCAGCGUGACCUGGAUCACGGGCGUGGCGGAGGCCGGCAACCUGGAAGGACAUUGCUUGGUCCGCGUGGUAGCAGAGGCUCUUGAGAAUGUUCGCAUCCUACCACGGACAGUUCUCUAUAUGGCAGAUUCUGAAACUUUCAUUAGCCUGGAAGAGUGUCGUGGCCGUAAAAGAGCAAGGAAGAGAAUGACAAUGGAGACAGCAUUUGCCCUGGAGAAGCUGUUCCCCAAGCAGUGUCAGGUCCUUGGGAUUGUGACCCCAGGAAUUGUAGUGACUCCAAUGGGAUCGGGUAGCAAUCGACCUCAGGAAAUAGAAAUUGGAGAAUCUGGUUUUGCUUUAUUAUUCCCUCAAAUUGAAGGAAUAAAAAUUCAGCCCUUUCAUUUUAUUAAGGACCCCAAGAAUUUAACACUCGAACGACACCAGCUUGCUGAAGUGGGUCUUCUGGAUAACCCUGAGCUUCGUGUGGUCCUUGUCUUCGGCUAUAACUGCUGUAAGGUGGGAGCUGGCAAUUACCUGCAGCGAGUAGUCAGCACGUUCAGCAAUAUGAAUAUCAUCUUGGCGGGAGGCCAGGUGGACAACCUGUCCUCACUGACUUGUGAGAAGAACCCUCUGGAUAUUGAUGCCACAGGUGUGGUUGGACUGUCAUUUAGUGGGCACCGAAUCCAGAGUGCCACAGUUCUCCUCAACGAGGAUGUGAAUGAUGUCAAGACUGCUGAGGCGGCCAUGCAACGCCUCAAAGCAGCCAACAUCCCCGAACAGAACACCAUUGGCUUCAUGUUCGCGUGUGUUGGUCGGGGUGUCCAGUACUACAGAGCCAAGCGGAAUGUUGAGUCUGAUGCGUUUAGAAAGUUUUUUCCUAGUGUCCCCUUAUUCGGCUUCUUUGGAAAUGGGGAGAUUGGAUGUGACCGGAUAGUCACUGGGAACUUUAUUCUGAGGAGGUGUAACGAGGUGAAGGAAGAGGACUUGUUCCAUAGCUAUACAACCAUCAUGGCGCUCAUUCACCUGGGGGCCUCUAAGUGAGAGUGGUUCUCACAGAAUGUAACUUGGGGGCAUUGCCUUGUUCAGAAAAAUGGAGACUUGGGAUAAGAGUAUCUUAAACAAAACUUGUUCCUUUUGUUCCGUAGCUUUGAGUGAUGCUCUGAGAUCACGAUGAGCUGAGUUUUACUAUGUAGAUGAAGGACAGCUCUGUACACACAGAUCAAGAAGUGAGGCUGGGGUCAGGCACAAAGCUGCUGUGACCAAGCAUCCUGGGAGGUGCAGGAGCCCCCAGGAGGAUGGAGGUUGAAGGCCUUGUGGUGGUCGGUGAACUUACAGCAGAAUCAUGACUUUAUUUUCCCUUAAGAAAGGAGAAAAUUAAAGAGAUGUUUGAAUCUCUCUGCUUCUCAGUUUUCUCAGAAGCUGGAACAAGUAUUACUGACUUUUUACUUUUCUGAUAAAGAACUGUCUUUGUUUUCAUACUGUCUGAAGUUACUCCAUAGGUGAGUUAGCAUCUUCCUCUUCACAGUAAGGAGACUGCAAGGGAACAAUCUUUUUCACAUAGUUCUGAAAACAAUAUCACCGUAUUUUGGUUUUCUACCAAUAAAAUAUACUUGAAAACCCACUCAACUAGUGUAUGUAUAUUGCUUUUGAUGAGAGAAUGAAGAAUGUUAACUACAUCUUUCUCAGUGAGAACCUGGAGCUGAGGGGGAAGUGUGAGAGAAUUCCAGUUUGCCCCAAGCAUCGAAGUUUACGGAGCGUGCCGUGUCGGAAACGUUGAUUCUCGGUUACUCACAAGCUUGUGUUUCUCAGUCCCGCUGUGGUGUUGUGGGCUCUUACUAGUGGCAUGACCUUUGUUUGCUCCUUACUUCCUGGAAUAUGGGCAGGUUGUGAGUCACCUUGGACACUGCAGAGAAGUCAGCACUCCAUUGUGGAAAGGACCACAGGAAUCCUGGGUGUCUAUAGUUCUGCUGUACCCUCAUGGACCUGUGCUGCCCGUUUCUAGACUGUUCUGUAGGCAGAAGUUAAUGUGGAUUUGCACCAGGUCUUUGUUGUAGGAUAUACUUACAAGGUAACUGAUGGGUGACAUUUCUGUAAUGGUCAGUGGUUUGUAAUAAAAGGACACUAGAUAAUUGUUAGGUAAAAUAAUUGCUGGUUUGUUUUUUUAAAAAAAAAAAAAGUCUAGAAAUGGCAGCUGCUACAGAUACUUAUAAAGCUGCGAAAACCACCACAUUAUUAAAAAGCUGAUGUGAACACAACGGUGAAGGUGUGUUCACAUACUGAGCUGCCUCCUCAAUUGAGGCUCUGAUGACCCACCAUCAAGGCUUUGAAAGCGCCGAUUUCUCUGUACACUUCCAAAUGAAAACGGAGCCGGGCUCUACUUUGUUUGAAAAGGAAUACAUUUCUAUUCCCUUGAUGGUCGGGAGAGGGAAGUGGGAUCUUGGAGUGGCGGUGUGGAAGCGAUCCAGCAGGCAGAAUGCUAGUGUGAUGAGGGUGUCCAGUAGGAGGUCUUCCUGCCUUAGCUUCUCCACUUUGUUUAGACCUGGACCAAGAUCUAGAAGGCCAGUAGCAAAAGACUAGUGGUUUGUGCUGCUAACUCAACAAAAUGAGCAUGCCAGGAGUUACAGUAGAAAUGAAGUCUGAGGGCUUUCUAGACAACUGGUGGAAAUUUACAAUAGAAAAAAAAAAUAACAUCACUAUAAAUUCAGUUUUGAUGGAAGCAGAAGACUCCAAAACCAUGAAAAUAAAGGUGGUUGACUUGAUUUUUCAGUUGUAGACUGGAUGGGGUUGGGUUAAUGCUGACUUGGAAAUGUUAAUGAUGCAUAGAAGGCUCUAUAGUAAAAAUCCAUGUUUAAUAGGCAGAAUAAUGUUACUGUGUAGAGUUACCGGAAGUUAUUUUAAUAUUGGCCCCUUUUGGCGGGUGAGCAAUGAUAAGUGCCAAAUGUGUUGUUUUGUAAUGGAUAUUUCACUUCUGCCCUGUGCCACAUCUGGAGAUAUGUUUCUAGAACUUGUGCUGAUAUAAAGUAAAAAAUCCUGGGAGAGGGUGUCAAUAAAGUCACAAAUGUUUUG